GUCUUGUCUGUCAUGAAUCUGGAAGGAAGACGAAGUAGACGACCAAAACGAAAACUUUCAUAUAGUUAGUUUUAGUUUAGUAAUAAAGAUGGUAGAUGUUUCAUGUUAUUUAUAAAAAUAUUUAAAGUGCAUCGCAGUUUUAUUGUAUGGCUGUAAUCGACAUUUGAAGAUUUCAUUUCCUUAGUUUGUUAAAAUCAUUUAACUAUUGGAGUUUUGAUGAAUCAUUUUCAAGUGCAGCAGAAUAAUAAAACCUGAUAUUAUAACCUUUGUGGACGCAGUAGACCUGAAAGAUUGUUUGGAUGUUUCAUCGCUAAAAACCCAAUAGUUUCAAAUCAGCUGGUGAAAAUCCACACAGUUUAAAAGAUGUUUUGGAAUUAUAAUCAGUCUUCUUCUCCUCAAAUAGACAAUGUAUUCUGCAAAGAGGAUCUCACCCUACAAGAGCUUUUGGACCAGGAAAAUAUCCUUCAAGAACUCAAAUCUCAAAAUAAAAAACUGAUUGAAUUCUUAGUCAAGCCCGAGGUCCUGUUUGAGCUUGUGACGCUGAUUGUGACAGAACCCCCGGAGGAGCUGCCAGAAGCUGAACGUUACAAACACUCCAACAUUGCCUGUGAACUCCUCACCACCGACAUUCCUUCCUUCACGGAGAACCUAGUAAAAGACGCUACUCUCCUUGCCAAGCUUUAUUCAUUCCUAGAAACUGAUCCUCCGCUUAACCCGCUUCUCGCUUCAUUCUUCAGCCGGACAAUGGGAGUCCUUGUGGCACGCAGGACGGAACAGAAUUGGUACUCGUACCAGUUUACGUGUCUGCAAGUCCUUGAGUUUCUUAAGACAAAGGAAGGCAGUGUGUCAAUGCUUCUGAAGCACCUUGGCACUUCGGCUAUCAUGGACCUCACUCUCAAACUGGUCACUCAAGUUGAGGGCGAUGAAAUGAAACUGAACAUACUGAAUUUUUUGGCGGCUCAAGGACUUGUGGAGAUGCUGAUAGAAUCGUUGUCUCCCGAGGCAGAACCAAGUUCUAACUUCAAUGCAGCUUUGCUGCUGUCAGACAUCAUCAUCAAGUCAAGAGAGUCAGGUUUUGAGAACAAAUCUGAGCUAGACCCUAUUCUCUCCUGUCUUGAGUCAAGUGAGACAAUAAAGAAGAUACUAGAAGUGAUGUUUAGCGGAGGACGGAAAGAGAGCAGCUUGAUAGGAGGUAUUGCCGUGUUACUGACCUUGCUGGAGCCCAUCAAACUGGUAGGCGCUGGUAGCCUGGACUCUGGUGGGCUUGCUCUCAACUACGGUGGAGAGGGGGGAGGGGGUGGAGCACCAGGGGAGUCCCCUGCCCCCUCCCCUCCACCACCUGUCACUCUCUCUACAACUGAGGCUAUCAUUCCUUACUUGACACAAUUCCAUGAUCUCCUACUCAACCCACCUCAGAAGCCAGCAGUGAAGAUGACCUGUGGACAGGUAGACCCCCCACUAGGCAACACCAGACUGAACGUCAUCAAACUGUUGGUGGCCCUCAUAGCCACUCAUAACCAACAAGUGGCUGAACAAUUGGUGGCUUUGGACACCAUACAAGUGCUCUUGGACAUGUUCUUCAGAUAUAGCUGGAACAAUUUUCUCCACACCCAAGUUGAGAAGUGCCUAACCACUGCCAUGCUAGUGGACCCCUCCCCUACAGACGUCCCAGCAGACAACUUGCUGCUUCACAAUAUUUUUAUCAAGUGCCGCCUGUUAAACAGGAUUAUUGAAGCUUGGAAAGAGAAUGAAGUUGAACAGUCCAAACAAGGUGGCUGCAGGAAAGGUUAUAUGGGUCACCUGACCAGAUUGUCCUUCACCAUAAACUCCUACUGGGACAAGGGGCUAGGGACAUUCAUCAAGACCAACGUCCCCGAGGACCAGCUGACUGCCUGGCAGGAGUUUACUGAUGGAGAACUGGCUGAGAUCAAGGCCCAACGUGAGAUUCCUCUGGGAGGUAAACACCCAGCGCAAUCCACCUCUGAAGACGACGAGAAAAACUUCCGCAACAUUCCUUUCCAGCAAGACACCCAACUCCAACAGCUUUACACCGAGUACCAAACCCAACAGAUGUCAUCACAGUUCAUUGAGAACUUCGGAUAUCAUGAGUCGGAGUUCAAUGACCCUGAGGAUAAUAUGGGUCCGUCAGUGGACAGGUUGGCCAACCUAUCGUUCAGUGUGACGGACGACGAGGAGCUGGAGAAACAGGCAGAGAUGUUCCAACAGGUGUGUAGCAGACGACUACAGUUCCUGGACGGAGACAAUGAGGACAAUGAAGAGGACGUGUGGGCAGACACCAACAACGGGCCACCCAGGGUGUGGAACGGAGGUGAGGAGAUUGCCAACUACAACAGUUCGGAUGAUGAGGAGAGACCUGGUCCAGAGGGGAGGGAAGAGGCUCACAUGGAUAUAGACACAGCUGACCCUUGGGCCAGUUUAGCCAGUGCUGUCUCACUGCCAGUGGAAGGUCCUGCCAACCCCUGGGGCGACGGCGAGUCUACCCCUGCCGAAGAAGUAGGCUGGGCAAAUUUUGACACCAACUUCAGUGCCACUUUUGACAGCAACUCAACUUCAACACAAGCUGUUGAACAAGUGGCCUCCUCCAACGAGCUUAGCAGUGUGAUGGUUGUUUCUGCUGAAAGCAGGAGUGAACCUCUAGGUGCAAGCUCAACAGAGGAGAGUGAGCCUGAUAAAAAAGAUGACAAUGCCAACGUGAGCCUUAGUGCUGGUGACUCAAAAUCGAUAGAUAAAGAACAACUUAUUGAUAACUUUAGGUUCCUUUCCAGUCAGGGUCUUAUAGCUGAUAAACCGGAGUCUUCUCCUUCAACAGAGCUUUAUCCUUCAACGGAGCUUUCUCCUUCAACGUCCACAACUGAGGACGUCACCUCAAACCCCUGUGAUAGUUCUGCAGGUCAGGACGUUUCUGAGGACGUAGCAGACAGCCCCGCGCCCCCCGCCUCUGCAGUGGAGCCUGUUUGAUACCCCCCACCACAACCCCACCUGGCAUAUCAACGUGUCUUGUUCUGUAAACUGUCGCGGACAGUUUGUCACUUGUGUAUAAUAUUUUUAUUGUUCUAUACAGGAAAUAUGGAAAGUCGAUCGAUUGUUACGAAGCGAUAUAUUUGUUACCGAAUAGAGAUUUACAUUUGGUUAUGUAUAAAAGUGUAAUAAAUUGUUUUUAUUGAAGAGCUUCUGUACAGAUAGGACUGGAUUUAUAGAUCACAAACUGUGCUCAAAACACUUGUUUUUUACCUCCAUUCCCUUCCAGUUCCCACUUUUCCUUGUUGCAUGGUUAUUGUAUAUUUUUAUGCUCCCUGCAAAGCGCUACAUUGUUUAUUUUUAAACAGGCAAACAAGUAAAGAGGUUAUCACUUA